UCCCACACAGCUUUAACAAAAAAAUGGCAGAAGCGAAUAUUUUCGUUGCUCAGGAUCAGUUCAGCUGUCCAAUCUGUCUGGAUCUACUCAAGGAUCCAGUAACUCUUUCGUGUGGACACAGUUACUGUAUGGUCUGUAUUAAUGGCUGCUGGGAUCAGGAGGAUCAGCAGGGAGUCUAUAGCUGUCCUCAGUGUAGACAAACUUUCACUCCAAGACCUGUUGUGAGUAAAAACACCAUGUUGGCUGAAGUAGUGGAGACACUGAAGAAGACAGGACUCCAAGCUACACGUCCUACUCAGUGUUCAGCUGGACCUGAAGAUGUGGAGUGUGAUUCCUGUAUUGAGAGUAAAUCCAAAGCCAUCAAGUCCUGCCUGGUGUGUCUGGCCUCUUUCUGUGAAACUCAUCUCCAGCCUCACUAUAAAUCUCCUGCCUUUAAGAAGCACAAGCUGGUCGAAGCAUCCAGAAGACUCCAGGAUCAGAUCUGCUCUCAGCAUGACAAACUGCUGGAGGUUUACUGUCGCACUGACCAGCAGUGUAUCUGCAUGUUGUGUAUGAUAGAUAAACAUAAAAAACAUAAUACAGUAUCAGCUACAUCAGGACGAGCUGAGAAACAGAAGCAGUUGUUGGUGGUGCAGAAAAAAUACCAGCAGAGAAUCCAGGAAAGAGAGAAAGAGCUUCAAGAGCUAACAAAAGCUGUGGAGUCUCACAAGCGCUCUGCUCAAACGGCAGUGCAGAAAAGUGAGAAGACAUUUACUGAUCUGAUCAAAACACUUGAGAGAAGACGCUCUGAGGUGACAGCAUUGAUCAGAGCUCAGGAGAAAGCUGCAGUGAGCCAAGCUGAAGAAGUCAUGAAGCAACUGGAGGAGGAGAUUGUAGAGCUGAAGAGGAGAAAUGCUGAGAUGGAGGAGUUUUCAAAUGUCAAAGAUCCCAUUUAUUUUCUCCAGAACUUCCGGGCCAUCUCAGCUCCUCUUCGACAUGCAGACUUACCCACCAUCACAGUGAAUUCUCUCCAAACGUUUGAAGAUGUAAUAAAAUCUGUGUCUCAAUUGAGAAAGACGCUAGAAAACCACUAUAAAGAGGGGACUGAGAAGAUGUCAAGUCAAGUGAAGAAAGUUCGAGUGAUUCCCCCUCAAAGCAGAGAAGAGUUUUUAGACUAUUCUGGCCAGUUCACUCUGGAUCCCAAUACAGCAAAUUUGUACCUCCAUCUGUCUGAUGGGAACACAGUGGUGACUAACUGUUCAUCAUUAGUGACAUACUGUAGUUCUCCAGAGAGUUUUGACUGUUACUCCCAGGUGUUGUGUAGUGAGAGUGUGUCUGGAUAUGCUUACUGGGAGGUGGAGUGGAGUGGGGUUAAUGGGGUUCAUAUAGCAGUGUCUUAUAAAAACAUCAGCAGGAAAGGAAGCAGUAAUGAAUGUGCGUUUGGACGUAAUGAUAAGUCCUGGAGUUUGCUGUGCCAAUCAUCUCAUUACUCAUUCUUACACAACAACCAAGAAACUAAAAUCCCCAUGAGCUCCAUCCCCUUUAGGAUAGGUGUGUUUGUGGAUCACAAGGCAGGAAUUCUGUCUUUCUACAGUGUCUCUGACACGAUGAAGCUCCUCCACAAAACCAAGAGCACAUUCACUCAGCCUCUGUAUCCAGGGUUCAUGGUCAGUUCCAAGUCGACUGUAAAGCUAUGCCGUCCUAAAUAGAUAAAUAUUACGGAGAUUACACAAAGUUAUGAACAGUCAUUUGUUUUCUCUUUUUGUUAACAACUUUACUUCUCCGCCUUGUGUGUGUGGAGUUUGCAUGUUCUCCCCGUGCCUCGGGGGUUUCCUCCGGGUACUCCGGUUUCCUCCCCCGGUCCAAAGACAUGCAUGGUAGGUUGAUUGGCAUCUCUAGAAAAUUGUUCGUAGUGUGUGAUUGCGUGAGUUAAUGAGAGUGUGUGUGUGUCCUAGGCACAGGCUCCCCGUGACCCGAGAAGUUCGGAUAAGCGGUAGAAAAUGAAUGAAUGAAUGAACUUUACUUCUGACUGCCACUGAAUACUUACUGUAUAUAAAUGUUAAAUCACUGUCUGUUCACAGGAAAUUUCACCGUAUCAAUGUUUAAACCUCUUAUUUGUAAAAUUACAGCAUUUCUUUCUUUUUAUUAUUAUAUUUUAACUUAUGUGGUAUGUCCACCAUAUGAGUCCAUCUGGAUUAUUGUGUUUCCAUUACAGAGAACUAAUUAACACUUUUUUAGCCUGUUCAAGAGUUGAUUUGAGAAUUCAGGAGUAUUAUAAAUACAUUAAACCUUCAGAUACCUGUCAGCUCACACUGGAUCCAAAGACAGAAAAUAAACAACUUGAACUGUCUGAUUCAAACAGAAUGGCAACUGACAAAGGCAUCAAACCAUACUCUUUGUUAGUUUAUGGUCAACAGACAUCUCGAUGUCACGUGUCAUAUCAAGAUUCAGAGAGUUCUGAAUGUCACUGCCAGGUGUUGUGUAGUGAGAGUGUGUCUGGAUCCUGUUACUGGGAGGUGGAGUGGAGUGGGGUUAAUGGGGUUUAUAUAUCAGUGUCCUAUAAAGCAUCAGCAGGAUUGGACGCAGUAAUGUACAGUAUGUGUGUUUGGACGUAAUUAUACGUCAUGGAGUUUGCUGUGCAAGUCCUCUGGUUACUCAUUCUUACACAACAACCAAAAAACUAAUAUCUCCACUAAAAUCCCCAUGAGCUCCAGCUCCUCUACAAUAGGAGUGUUUGUGGAUCAUAAAGCAGGAACUCUGUCUUUCUACAGUGUCUCUGACACGAUGAAGCUAAUCCACAAAGUUCACACCACAUUCACUCAGCCUCUUUUCCCUGGAUUUGGGCUAAAUCACAAAUCAAAAGUCCAACUGUGCCACCAAAAAAAGAUGAUUUUGAAAUAGAUUAUUCCUGUUUGAUACACCUUACAGUUAUAUAAAAAGUAAGCAAUGCUAUCUUUAAAAAAAAAAAAAACACACUUUCAUAAUGUUGAGAAAUUAAAAUGAUUUUAAACUUUUUGUUUAAAAUCUAUAAAGAAAUUCUAUUUAAAAAAUAGUGUUGAAUGCUAAAUAAAUACUUUACACUCAUAAUAAAUAAGUUCUUUAAAAUGUAAUAAAAUUUAAUUCUCAUGAUCUAUGAGCAGUGUCAGAAACACCAUGACAGUAAUGCAUUCUUUAUCAUUAGAGACUCAGAAGAGUUUUUUUUUCUUCAGUGUGAAGAGGUAGUACAGGCAUUGUUGUACAUUCUGCAAUAGCGUAUCUGUAUCAUCUGAAAUCCUCUGAGAUGUGUGUUCAGGUACGCUCUCUACACUUCCUCCAGGUAGACCCAUUCAUUAUUACUGGUGAUCAGACUUGGUGCACUGGUGUGCCAAAUUGGCACUAGACAAAUCCUCAACUGCUCAGUUGUAUGAAAAAAUUCUGAUAAAUGGAAGUUUCUCUCUAACAUAUCAGUUGUUUGUAGUGAUACUGAUACCAAGUGUAAAUAAUGCCUCAAGCAAGAUCCUAGACACAAGAACAUGCCCUCUAGUAACAUAGCCUGAUUUACAUUAAUUGUACCUGUAAUUAAUGCUCCAAUAAUGAAGAGGAUUCAGAAGCCUAUAGUCAUCAGGAAAUAAAUCAAGAAGGUUUCCAGCCCAAAGCAGCAAUUCAACUUGUACUUUAUUACACAAAUGAUGGAUUUCUGAGCUAAUAAAUUCCCACAUAUGUAUAUCCCAUGUCUGUAUCAAUGCUUUAUUGCUAACGCUGUUCAAGCAAUUUUCAAAAUAAUGAUUCUCAAUGUUAUUUUCUAUUUUUAAUUGUUAUACCUUUAACUUUUAAAAACAAAAUCCAACUCAUUUUCCUUUUACUAUAAUUAUCAGUGAUACAUGUUUUGAUUUUGAUGCAUUUUUUUACAUGGAGAAGUAUUCAGUGUGACUAGAUUUUACAGAAACACUUAUGAAACAUCUUAUAGAGAAAUUGGACUUUUAUAUUCACACCUUUUAGGUUCCAAUCAUGUUAAAAUCUAACGAGUAAAUCCAAAGUGUUCUGUAUUUUUCUGUUUGUUUUCUUUAUUUAUCUGUAUUUUCAGCUGUUUGUAGUGAUAAAGAUUUGUGCAUGAUUGAGCAACUUGGAUGAUGUAUAAUGGAGCUGUUGUGUAUUAAACCAAGUGUAAAUAAUGACUCAAGCAAGAUCCUGGACACAAGCACAUGCCCUCUAGAUACACAGCCUGAUUUACCCUAUGUACAUGUAAUUAAUGCUAAUAUAGUGAUAAUGAUUCAGAAGGCUACCGUCAUCAGGAAAUAAAAUCAAGAAGAUUUCCAGCUUAAAGCAGCAAUUCAGCUUGUACUUUAUUACACAACUGAUGGAUUUCUGAGCUAAUAAAUACCCACAUCUCUAUAUCCCAUGUCUGAAUCAAUGCUUUAUUGCUAAUUCUGUUUUAACUUCAUUUUAAUACAAUUUUCAAAAUAAUGAUUCUCAGUGUUCUAUUUUUAUUGUUAUACCUUAUUUUCCUUUUACUAUAAUUAUCAGUGAUACAUGUUUUGAUUUUUGCAUUUUUUUUUUUCUUUGGAGAAGUAUUCUCUGUGACUAGAUUUUACAGAACCCCCUAUAAAACAUAUUAUAGAGAAAUUGGACUUUUAUAUUCACACCAUUUAGGUUCCAAUCAUGUUAAAAUCUAAUGAGUAAAUAAAAGGUGUUCUGUAUUUUUCUGUUUCUUUUCUUUCUUUGUCUGUAUUUUUUUAUCUUUUACAGCCUGAAACUGCUCGCUGUGUUUAAUAUCAGGUCGGAUAAACUAUUAGAACUCAAGAUAAAAGAAAAACAGGGUUGCAGAUAAUGUUAUAUAAUGCAUUGUCAUCUUAUUUGUUUUUGAAAUGUACUUUACUAUGUUUAAUAAACUUUACUAGAAUUGCAGAACUAA